UUUUUUUUAAAUCGCUAACAAGCGCUUAUCUAUACUUCAAAUACUUUUUCUAAACUCUUAACACAGACAAAACUAACUCCUCAUUUCAAAAAAAGAGCACAUCACUGCACACACUAACUUUACCAAAACAAUGUAAAUCGGACUCAAAGUGAAAUGAUUCUUUCAAAGAACAACACUUGUUUUCACUUCACAAGGUACACACAGUCAAUCAAAGUACACAAGGUUUCAAAAUACUGUCUAUUGUUGACAUGACAAAAACUGCAAAGACUUUUAUGUUUCAGUUUUACAGGUAUUUGCAUGCACCACCAUGCUGACACUAAAUUUCUUGGUUGGGAACUGUGAGUCCGCAUGAAUAGUAAUGUUCACAUUCAAAAGCAUUCCAGUAAAAAGCAUGGUAACACUUUAUUUUGAUGGUCCAUGAGUAUGAAUAGACUGCUUAAUAUCUGUUAAUACUGCUGCUAAACAGACAUUUAACUGACUAUAAGAAACUUUGCAAGUACAUGUCAACUUACACAAACCCUGAACCCAACCUAACAGUCUAGAAGUGGACCAUCUAAAUAAAGUGUGUCCAAAAGCAUAUACGUUUCUUUUUUCUUUUACUGUUUACUACAGGAGGUACAGUAGAAACAUGGUGUGAUAGAACAGAAAACGUUUUACAGUAUUGCUUACAGUAAACAAAAUAUCCAUCAAACACACAAGAUUCUGAACAAAAAGCAACAGCAAAAAGCCCAGAUAAAAAGGGGGAUCUGAAAAAAAGUUCAAAAUUACUGUUUCCAAUCUCUGCGAUCUUCAGGGUUAGGCCACGUUUUCAUCUUCUUAACUCCUCAAAGCCCUCUGUCCUACUGUAUAAGUGUAAAUGUAAUGAAGUCUAAGCCAGACUGGAAUUAGCUGUGCUUGGCCCAGUUUACUCAACAUAAAUCAGCUGUGUGUCAAUUAUUCAAUUGCUUGUUUAUUAUCAGCUGGGAUAUAUUUUUGAUAUUGAUAUUGUUUUUGAACUGAUAUCAUUGCAGAAGCAGGGGUUUUUAUACUGUAUCUAAGGCUUGAAAUAUUGUUUUGCUAUUGGGGGAUGUGAUGUGUUAACAUUCGUAAAUACUACAAAAACAAUCCAUCAUUUUGUUGGGAGGUAUAGCUUGUCUGUUAAGAAAAUGUAAGCAUUGUGGAAAUGUGUUCACUGACUGCAUAUUGCGUGAAAAUGACAUGAAAUGUGUGAAUGGUAUGAUCACAGAAGACCGAUGCUGUGCUAAUUGUGUUUAGAGAACUGUUUGGACUGAAAAAACUGUAAUUACAAAUCGGAAAAAAAUUCCCUUCCUAAAGUAAGAUGCAUUGUGUGCAUCUAUCGCUUAUGCUCAUACCACAAAUGUAGCAAAGAGUAUACUCAGGUUUUGUACUUUUGGGGUUUAGAAUGACAUUUUAAAUUAUAAAACAACUGAGUUUUCAGAACUACAAGUACAAGCCAUUAAAAUCUUACAUAAGGGGAUUUAGGAAACAAGAACAGGUGCAUUGGUUCAUGAAGCAUGGAUGAAGUGACUCUGACGGUUGCAUCUCCAAUGCUGUCACUCAUGCCAUUGAAUUUUUGUGAUGGAAAAGGAUCUCUAGUCUCAUUAUUCAGUCAACACCUCACCUGUAAACCACAGAACCCCACCCACCGAUGCCUGCAGGUAAAGCCGUCUGUGAACGCAGCUACUAACUUCCCUUAAUCUGAGGAGGAGCCAAAAAACUCCUCUCCCCAGAGCCCCAGGGCAGCACUAGCAUUCACAUUUAAAUUCACAGACAUGACAAAUGAGUUCAGAAGUGCUCAUUGUGCCGAGAAACACAUGUACCUGAAAAGAUGCACAGUGCAUGAACAUUUGAUGAUCACCUUCAGGACCAUUCAGCGCCUUUGGCCAUGUUUGAAAGCUUACGUGUCUGGCUUUGUGAAGCAUGAAAGACAGCUAACAAGUAAAGCUAAAGAGCAAGAGCCAACCAGUCAGAUGCGACUUGUACACGUUCGACAUGAAUCUCGUAAGUAAUGGACUGUCCGUGCAGUGCUACCUGAAGCCAAAAAUGAUGGGGAAAAUGCGAAAAAGAGUUCAGGAGAUGAGAAACCCAAAGGCUGUGGUGUCUUCAUUUGAUCUGAGUCACAAUGAAAGCACACGGCUGGCCAUGGAUGCUCUCCUGGACAAAGGGAUUGAUGGAUAUCAGAAAGUGUUGAGAAAAGAGAAUGAAGCCAACUUUCUGUCUGCAGAGGAGAAAGCGUACAUCUUAAACCAUGUGAAAAAGCCUCCCACUCAUGAGGAAGAGGCAGACGGGGAUGAAGAGAUGUCCAGCUCUCCGUCAGUUUCUUCUGAGACGUACUUUCCAGUGGCCACUGAAAGUGAGCCUCCGGUUCUGGACUACGGCUGGCCCGUGGCGGACUGGACUUACCAUCUGCAAGGCAUUCCUAGUGUGGAAGUGUUUUUCCAGUCAGCCAAAUCCUCCUCCAUGAAAGACGUGCUGCGGGAGCUCAUCAGGCAAGCAACCAAAGUUUUGGCGAUAGUUAUGGACACAUUCAGCGAUGUGGAGAUUUUCUGUGACAUACUUGAGGCCACAAGAAAGCGCAGUGUGUACGUCUACCUGCUUCUGGACCACACCAAUUUACAGCUGUUUCAGGACAUGUGUGAGAAUGUCAAAAUGAACAAGUCACACCUCUCUAGAGUGUCCAUUCGUAGUGUUCAAGGUGAGACUUACUGUGCGAAAUCAGGCAGAAAGUUCACCGGACAAGUAAAAGAGAAGUUCAUUAUUGUGGACUGUACAAAAGUGCUGGUCGGCUCAUACAGUCUCACCUGGCUGUCCUGGCAGGUUCACAGAAGUUUGGCCGUACUUUUCAAAGGCAGUGCGGUGAAACCUUUCGACCAGGAGUUUCGCAGACUCUAUGCCAUUUCCAAACCAGUUCCUGGCUUUUCCUCAAACGCAUCAAAUCCCGGCGAUCUCUACUUUCCAUUUGAGAAACUCCAGAUCCCCAUGUGCCCAACAGGACUUGCUGGAAACACUGCUGACCACACACAACAGAAAUCUUGUAAGCCCAGAACCCAGAGUUUCCCAACACCACCUGUCCUGGCCAGACAAAGCAGCUAUCCGAGCUUCACCACUGGACAACAGAGCGCUCAAUGGCUUUCACGGAGGAACACGAUUCAUCAUCCCGUUACUUCUCAGUCACCACUCUUUAAAGAUUAUAAUGCCAGAAGCCAAACUUGGCGCCCAAUACAAGGCAUUUACAUCAACAGAGGUGCUCCUGCAGCUCCACACUGGUGUUAGAGCAGUUCAUUUAACUCUUCUGUACUGUUCAAUUUGACUAUUCUUUCAUUAUGUUUGUGGCUGUUUUCGCCCCAUUGACUUCCAAUGAUAAUG